CCCCACCCCUGCCCCUCCCAGCACUGCCUGGAAGUGUGGGGCGAGAGCUCCUCCUAGGACACCCCUUUCCCCUUGGGGAAAGAAUUGUGCCCCCCAGGCCCUUCCCCGCGGAGGUCCCUCUUCUCCUUCCCCAUCAUCUCCACCUCCUGGGACAGAAAGUGCCUCCACCGGCAUCCCCAGGCGUCCAGCCUCCAGGGCCCGCUGGCCCCACAGCAGGCAAGCUGAGAUGACGGUCAAGCUAGAUUUCGAGGAGUGUCUCAAGGACUCACCCCGUUUCCGAGCCUCUAUUGAACUGGUGGAAGCCGACGUGUCAGAAUUGGAGACCCGUCUGGAAAAGCUCCUGAAACUGGGCACUGGUCUCCUGGAAAGUGGGCGCCAUUACCUUGCUGCCAGCCGUGCCUUCAUUGUCGGCAUUUGUGACCUGGCCCACCUGGGUCCACCAGAACCCAUGAUGGCGGAGUGUCUGGAAAAAUUCACCGUGAGCCUGAACCACAAGCUGGACAGCCAUGCGGAGCUUCUAGAUGCCACCCAACACACACUGCAGCAGCAGAUCCAGACCCUGGUCAAAGAAGGUCUUCGGGGUUUCCGAGAGGCUCGCCGGGAUUUCUGGCGGGGGGCUGAGAGCCUGGAGGCUGCCCUGACCCACAACGCGGAGGUUCCCAGGCGCCGGGCCCAGGAGGCAGAAGAGGCAGGAGCUGCUUUGAGGACGGCGCGAGCUGGCUACCGGGGACGGGCACUGGAUUAUGCCCUGCAGAUCAAUGUGAUUGAGGACAAGAGGAAGUUUGACAUCAUGGAGUUUGUGCUGCGUUUGGUGGAAGCCCAAGCUACCCAUUUCCAGCAGGGCCACGAGGAGCUGAGCCGGCUGUCCCAGUAUCGAAAGGAGCUGGGUGCCCAGUUGCACCAGCUGGUCUUGAAUUCUGCACGAGAGAAGAGGGACAUGGAGCAGAGACACGUGCUGCUGAAACAGAAGGAGCUGGGUGGGGAGGAGCCAGAACCAAGCUUAAGAGAGGGGCCCAGUGGCCUGGUGAUGGAAGGACAUCUCUUCAAACGGGCCAGCAACGCAUUUAAGACCUGGAGCAGACGCUGGUUCACCAUUCAGAGCAACCAACUGGUUUACCAGAAGAAGUACAAGGACCCUGUGACUGUGGUGGUGGAUGACCUUCGUCUUUGCACAGUGAAACUCUGCCCUGACUCAGAAAGGCGGUUCUGCUUUGAGGUGGUGUCCACCAGCAAGUCCUGCCUCCUCCAGGCUGACUCAGAGCGCCUCCUGCAGCUGUGGGUCAGUGCUGUGCAGAGCAGCAUCGUUUCUGCCUUCAGUCAGGCUCGCCUUGAUGACAGCCCCCGGGGUCCAGGCCAGGGCUCGGGACACCUGGCCAUAGGCUCUGCUGCCACCCUGGGCUGCGGUGGAAUGGCCAGGGGAAGGGAGCCUGGGGGAGCCGGGCACGUGGUGGCACAGGUCCAGAGUGUGGAUGGCAAUGCCCAGUGCUGCGACUGCCGGGAGCCAGCCCCAGAGUGGGCCAGCAUCAACCUUGGUGUCACCCUCUGCAUUCAGUGUUCCGGCAUCCACAGGAGCCUUGGUGUUCACUUCUCCAAAGUCCGGUCUCUGACCCUUGACUCAUGGGAGCCAGAACUAGUGAAGCUCAUGUGCGAGCUGGGAAAUGUCGUCAUCAACCAGAUCUAUGAGGCCCGUGUGGAGGCCAUGGCAGUGAAGAAACCAGGGCCCAGCUGCUCCCGGCAGGAGAAGGAGGCCUGGAUUCAUGCUAAAUAUGUGGAGAAGAAGUUCCUGACCAAGCUGCCUGAGAUUCGAGGGCGAAGAGGUGGCCGGGGGCCCCCAAGGGGGCAGCCUCCUGUGCCCCCAAAGCCUUCCAUCAGGCCCCGGCCAGGGAGCUUGAGAUCCAAGCCAGAGCCCCCCUCUGAGGACCUGGGAAGCCUGCACCCCGGGGCCUUGCUGUUUCGAGCGUCUGGGCAUCCUCCAUCUCUUCCCACCAUGGCCGAUGCCCUUGCCCAUGGAGCUGAUGUCAACUGGGUCAAUGGGGGCCAAGAGAAUGCCACGCCGCUGAUCCAGGCCACAGCUGCUAAUUCUCUUCUGGCCUGUGAGUUUCUCCUCCAGAACGGGGCGAAUGUGAACCAAGCAGACAGUACGGGCCGGGGCCCGCUGCACCACGCAACCAUUCUUGGCCACACAGGGCUCGCCUGCCUGUUCCUGAAACGGGGGGCUGAUCUGGGGGCUCGAGACUCUGAAGGCAGGGACCCUCUGACCAUCGCCAUGGAAACAGCCAACGCUGACAUCGUCACCCUGCUACGACUGGCAAAGAUGAGGGAAGCUGAAGCGGCCCAGGGGCAGGCAGGAGAUGAGACGUAUAUUGACAUCUUCCGCGACUUCUCCCUCAUGGCGUCAGACGACCCGGAGAAGCUGAGCCGGCGCAGCCACGACCUCCACACGCUGUGACCCCAGGCCCUAAGGGUCUGCGCCUCCCUCCCCUCCCCGUCACCGGGCCCUCUGCCAUUAAAGCUUCCGUGCUUCCCUC